UAUCUCUUCUCUUUCUUCUUUUCAGAUCCGUUCGAUUUUUCGUCCUUCUAUUAGAUCGCGUUUUUUUGUACGUCGUUGGAAAUUUCCCCAUUUUUUUAUCAUUACGUGAAACCUUAACGUUACUCACUUUUAUUGCUGAAGAAACUUCCUCUAUAAAGUACUUUUGAAAUUCUUGUCUAUAUAUAUGCAUAUGCACCAGCAUUCAUGUAAAUCAAUUUGAAUUCAUAAAAAUCAAUUAUGCAUAGAUCUUUUUUGUGUGUUAGUUUAUACCUUGUUUUCUUGUUUCUCAAUUUGAUCUCUCAUGGAACAACAUGUUCUACUACUUUGAUUAAAACACGCUCCGAUUUGAUCGACCAAACCUGCGAGAAAUGUGCUAAUCAAUCCAUGAUCUUGAGCUAUAGUUUAUGUUCAACUUCUCUUCCGGUGAUUCCGGUGAGUCGAGCAACGAAUCUUCCAGGGCUGGCUGUGAUUGCGAUGGAGUUAGCUUUAGAGAAUGUGACUAGCACGCUUGCAACGAUAGAGAAGCUGUUAGGUGAUGAGAGUUUGGAUAAGUAUGUGUUGGGUUGUUUAACGGAUUGUUUGGGGCUAUAUAGUGAUGCGGUAUGGACGAUAGUGAGUUCUGUAGAUGUUUUUUUGUCGGGGAAUUAUGAAGUAAGUAAGACUUGGAUGAGUUUGGUUAUGGAAGCGGCGUCGACGUGUCAGAAAGGUUUUGAAGAGAAGGGUCAAGUUUCUCUUUUGACUGAGGAGAAUUAUAAUCUCUUUCAGUUAUGUGGUAUUGCGCUUUGCAUCAUCCAUAUGUCUACUCCUGUGACUGCAAAUGCAAUACUGUCUUAAUCAAGUCUCACCAAGUUCAGUUGCCAAUGCAAUACCUUUUGUUUUGUUGUGAGCUGGUUAUGUAGACAUCUACGUUUUUAUUUUGGGAUUAUAAGUUGUAGCUUUGUUUUUAUUUGUAAACUAAAGUUGUAACUGUAAGAAUAUGUUUCCUCAUUAACCGACUUUCUAGGGACUAGGAGUAUGACUAGAGAAAUAAGACAUGUUGUCUUCUUGUAGUUCUGUGAUCUAUAUUGACAUUUGAGAGACUAAGAGUCUUUGAGCAUUCGGAGGUGCUAUAACUCUUGUAGUUCUGUGAUCUAUAAUGUAGUAAAGAGAAUUCAUCGCUAAUUUUUCUCAUAAAGACACCUGUUUCUAUCA